AUGGCUGUCGUUAUCACACUGGACCUUAUUUUCCUGAUUAUAACCAUCGUCAAGAUCCAAUCAUUCCGUCAGCAACACUCGUCUGACGGUAGGAACACUGACCUCGCCAAAUGUGUUUUUAUCUACGCCAAGUUGUCUACACUUACCGGAGUUUUCUGGACGCUUGCCAUCAUCUCUGAAGCUUUGGACUCGGUUUGGUUGAGAUAUGUUUCUAUUCUUCUAAACGGCCUGCAGGGUGUGUUUCUGUUCGUAUCUUGCGUCUGUAACAAGAGAGUCCUGGAAUUGUACUUGAGAGCUUUUGAUAGGGAGGAAAGUCCACGACAGUAA